AUGAGCAAUCAGGCGUGUUCAUCCAUCGGACCGCGGCCCUUCUAUGUUUUCGGUCACAUGGCUAACAGCUUAGAAGAAGUAGAUGACUUCGUGGCGCGGGGCGUGAAUGCUAUCGAAGCUGAUCUCACGUUUGCCUCCGACGGGACGCCAGAGAAGUUCUAUCAUGGAGGGCUCUGCGACUGCGGCCGCGACUGCGAAAAAUCCGUGGAAGCCAGCACGUACUUAUCAUAUCUCAAGGACGCCGCCAAUGAAGGUGGCAAGUUUGCUGGUAAGCUCCAGCUCCUAUACGUCGACACCAAGACUGACAGCCUUUCCAGUGGCGAGAAAUACCAGGCCGGCAUCAACCUCGCCAACAGCUUGACAAACCAUCUUUGGAACAAUGGCACAAUUCCCUCCGAGCACAUGCUGAACGUCAUCGUGUCCGCGUUCUCAACGAAAGACAAAGACAUUCUCUCGGGAGCACUGGACACCUUCAAGGGGGCCGGAAAUGCAUCACUCUUUCUGGACCACGUGGGUUUCGACAUCAGUGGGUACGACUUGCUGAGUGUCAUCGCCGGUACGUACGAAGAGCUGGGUAUCAGCCAACAUCGCUGGCAGGGUGACGGCAUAACUAACUGCUUGGUGGAUAUUUACUGGGGAUCGCGCACUAAAGCUGCGACAUCACGGCGAACUGCUGCGAACACGACGCAUGACUACGUGGACAAGGUGUACGUCUGGACUGUCGACAAUCCAUUGACCAUGCGUCGAUUCCUGAGGUUGAAUAUAGACGGUAUGUUGACCAACGUGCCAACAACUCUUCUCAGUGUCCUCCAAGAAGCUGAGUUCUCGAAGAUGUACCGGCUUGCCACUGCCCAGGAUAACCCAUGGAAGCGUAUUGUUUAA